AUGGAUGAGAAACAUCCUUCAUCAUGUCAUGAGAAACAUUCCCAAAAUAAUAAUCAAUUGACAUGGAAACAAAGAAUCGAAAUACUUAAGUUCAUAAUUAAUGCAAUUUUACGAAUACACCAAGAAAACUCUAUUCAUAGAGAUUUGCAUUCUGGAAAUAUAUUAUAUUCUGAUUAUAAUGGUGGAUGGUGUAUUAGUGAUUUUGGAUUUUGCGGCCCUGCUGAUAAACCAUUAGGAAGUAUAUAUGGAAAUCUUCCUUAUAUAGCACCCGAAGUUAUAUUUGGAAAAGGAUAUACUUUUGCAUCAGACAUUUAUAGUAUCGGUAUGCUUAUGUGGGAAAUUUCAUCUGGAAAACAACCAUUUGUUGGUUUAGAACAUAAUUAUGAUCUUGUAAUGAAUAUAAUGAAUGGAAUGAGACCAAAAAUCGUAUCAGGAACUCCAUUGGAAUAUGCAAAUUUAAUGGUACAAUCUGAUAGCAAACAAAAUAGUUUUAAUAUUCCAGAUAAAAAGGUUUUACUCAAUUAUUUGAUAACAAAUAAUAAAGUAUACGCAGCAAUCGGAACAAUAUUAGGAGCCGUUCACAGAAUACAGCCUGUGAACAGAAAUGUUGGUAAAUCAUUAUGA